AUGAUAGAGAAUGAGGCAACUUACACUGAAGAGUUUUCAAACCCAUACUAUAGAUUCCACUCCUCUACAGUAGAAGAAACAUCAAACGGAGUCUGAGUGCUUGGCCACAACUUUGUAGUAUCUCUAACAUUAAAAUACGGCUAUAUCGACAAAAUGCUGGCGAGAUCUCUUUCAUUCAAAAUUGAGCAAGAAAUGAGAAAAGUUUCGAAUUCCCUCCACCAUAAAGUGCUAUACUUAUUUACACCCUAAUAAAUUUAGAAUUAAAUAAUUUUUAGUAAAUUUCUAUAUAAAAUUAUAAUAAGAUUUAAAGCUGAAUGAGAGGCUAUUUUAUAGUGAAGAUUAAUUCCUGAGCUGAGUGAUAAAUUUACGACUAGUGUUGUAGAUGAUCAUUAUAGGCUUGACCUGAAAGAAAGCAAAGAGCACUAUGCGUUCCCUGUUGGAGAAUGCCAAAUGAUCCCUAUAACGAACUGUUCUUUGAGAGAAAUUUCAAGCUACUUUGGGAGAAGAAUUUUGGAACUGAUUGGGAUUCAGGAAUUUAUAGCAGCUGGAGUUCGAAAGGUAAAAACUGAGAUGAACUAUAAUGGACAGACGAAGAAGGCAUCGUCUACUUUUAGCAUCGUUCAAUAA